AGCCAAAGUUACUGCUUCCAUCGAAUCUCAUCAAAGCCUAUCGUUCUGCCCCUAUAAACUGUUGAGUACUUUAUAGUCAUAGUGCAAUUAGCUGGUUGUACGAGAAUCUCUUGACCACUCUUUCCUCGCUUACGAGAAUUCAUGCCAUCAUGCCCCCAAAUCCGGGAAAAAUUAUCGAUAGCAAAACAGGGGAGCGAGUCCCCUGGGAGAAGGCUUCAAUAUACGAUCGUGUAAAUUACUUUCUCGAGACAAUAAGAAAUACGCCAAACUACAGCUUCUUCGAUGCCCCCCUUGGCAGAGCCGUCAAGCUCCGUUCUAUCAACGUUUCGCCUACGGACCCAAGGAUAGCAACCGCGGUUUGGGAGCUCGACGUGUUGCCCGAGCUCUGCAACCAAACUGGCAACAUGCACGGGGGCGCCGUCGCCAUGGUGCUCGACAAUCUGACGUCCUUGCCGAUUGCUGCUGUCUCGUCCAAAGGCUUCUGGGACAUGGGGCACGUGAGUCGAACCAUCAACUGCACGUAUCUGAGACCUGCCCCUAUGAAUUCGAAGUGCACGGUUGAAACGGAAAUUGUGCAUCUGGGGAAAGGAGCUGGGAUGCUGCGAGGGGUUAUAAAAAACGCGGAGGGAAAAGUAUGCUACACGUGCGAGCACGGUAAAGUUGGAUGGAGCUCCGACCCAAAGUUAUGAAUCUGCCUUCGCAGCUGCAGUGCUGGAGACGGCAACCAUACAACUUUAGCGAGUUCUUUAGUUCAUGUUGGUCUAGACGCGUGUGCUAGCGAUUUUGUUGUGUAAAACCUAAGACAUAGAGAUAUCUUUAGACACUCUUCGGGUAGGUAGGAAAGAGAAGGG